GGGGGAAGAAUUACAGCUGGGUGAAAGGCACACUGACUGAACCAGCCUGGAAUCAAACCACAGCCAGAGGAUUCAUAGUCAACCCACUAGCCAUUGCACAGUGGAGGCGGUGUAGCAACAUUAGUAAUACAUCAGUAAUGGGAGGAGGUCGUCUCUGCAGUCUGCACUGCGUCCAGUCCUUCUAGUCAAUUGAACAGACGUGUGGAGAGACCGAGAUAGAGCCUGUACAGGUGUUGAGUACUUUAGCAACAAUCCAGCAUAUUGGCAUAACAAGAGAUGGAGGAGGUGGAGAAGGAAGUAAUGAUACAAGACCUGUCUCUUCACCCAACUUCGAGCAACCUUACCAGUCACUGCAAUACCUUAACAGGCACAGAGAUGAAGAAACCAGAGGAGGAACAGGAACAGGAGCACGAGAUACAAGAUGUGCCUCUUCACUUGAUACAACGAAACUUCCUCAGUCAUCACAGAACAGACAAAAUACCAGACAGAGGAAGAAAUGCCAUGGUUAUAUACACAGAUAAAGGACAUGGCAAUGAUGAACACAUGGUUCUGUUCCCCACCUCUGAAAAAGUGGAUGCACUGGUAGAAAGUCAUAAAUGGGACUGGACAGAAGACACUAGCUCAGAUACUAUGGAGGCUCUUAAAGAAAUCAAGAAGCAGGCAGCAACUAAAGUGAAACAACAGGCCAAGAUUAAAAAGGCCUUCUCAGUCCAAUCUCCAGCCUUUACCCAGCAUGCCACCUCAAGCAAGCAGCAACAGUGGAAGGCUCAUGGAAAACUCAAAACAAAACCAUCAAAGUUUCCACAAGUUACUGGGUACUGUGACACUUAUGACUGGGAUGGUCAUUUUAAUUUGCCUCCCACGCUGACCUUCUCACGGGAGCGACAUUACCUGAGGAUGGCACGAGUGGCAGAAAUGGACAAAUUUGACAAAGACAUACUAUUAACUCCAGAAGAACUCUUUGACCAAAUUGAUGGACCAGAGGAAGAUUAAGAUAUGCAAGAAACUCUAAAAGUUUCUUGCUAGUGGAAAUCAAAGUGGUAGAUGUUGAAUUAUAUGGCAUGAUACAUGUCAAAAGGAGCAAAUGGUAAUGAAGACUGGCAUGGUGGAAGACAGAGUAUCAAGGAUGUGGAGGAGGAAUAU